AUGGGCUGGUGCGGCCACCUGGCCAUCCGCCCCAGUGCGCACCCCGCUAUGGCCGGUCUGCUCCGCGCUGCCGCGACCUGGGGGCUGUUCCCCUGGAGGGGCUACUGCUCCAGGGGAACGCAGGGUGAGCUCAGCAAAGGCUUUGUGGAGGCUCUGAAGGCAGUUGUGGGGAGCCCGCACAUGUCGACUGCUGCCGCGGACUGUGAGCAGCAUGGGCACGAUGAGUCCAUGCACAGGUGCCAACCUCCAGGCGCCGUGGUGUGGCCCCAGAAUGUGGAACAGGUCAGCCGGCUGGCAGCCCUGUGCUACAGCCAAGGAGUGCCCAUCAUCCCGUUUGGCACUGGCACCGGGCUUGAGGGUGGAGUCUGUGCCGUGCAGGGUGGUGUCUGCAUCAACCUGACCCACAUGGACCGAAUCCUGAAGCUGAAUCCGGAGGACUUCUCUGUGGUGGUGGAGCCAGGCGUCACCCGCAAAACUCUCAACACCUACCUGCGGGACAGUGGCCUCUGGUUUCCUGUGGACCCAGGCGCAGACGCCUCGCUCUGCGGCAUGGUGGCCACGGCGGCCUCCGGCACCAAUGCUGUGCGCUAUGGCACGAUGCGGGACAACGUGCUCAACCUGGAGGUGGUGCUGCCUGGCGGCCGGCUGCUUCAUACCGCAGGCCCCGGCCGGCACUUCCGGAAGAGUGCAGCUGGCUACAACCUCACGGGGCUCUUUGUGGGCUCUGAGGGGACACUAGGACUCAUCACAGCUGCCACCCUGCGCCUGCACCCUGCCCCUGAGGCCACGGUGGCCGCCACCUGUGCAUUUCCCAGUGUCCAGGCAGCCAUGGACACCACUGUUCACAUCCUCCAGGCUGCAGUGCCCCUGGCCCGCAUCGAGUUUCUGGAUGAAGUCAUGAUGGAUGCCUGCAACAGGCACAGCCGGCUGACCUGCUCGGUGGCGCCCACACUCUUCCUCGAGUUCCACGGAUCUGAGCGGGCACUGGCCGAGCAGAUAGAGCGGGCAGAGGAGAUCAGCCAGCACAACGGAGCCUCCCACUUCUUCUGGGCCAAGGAGGCCGAGGAGCGCAGCCGGCUCUGGGCGGCGAGGCACAACGCCUGGUACGCCACUCUGGCCCUGCGGCCGGGCUGCAAGGGCUAUUCCACCGACGUGUGUGUGCCCAUCUCCCGGCUGCCGGAGAUCCUGGUGCAGACCAAGGAGGACCUGAAGGCCUCGGGACUCACAGGAACCAUUGUUGGACACGUGGGCGAUGGCAAUUUCCACUGCAUCCUGCUGGUGGACCCAGAGGAUGCCGAGGAGUUGCGCAGGGUCAAGGCCUUUGGAGAACAUCUGGGCAGGCGGGCACUGGCACUCCACGGGACGUGUACUGGGGAACACGGCAUUGGGCUGGGCAAGCGGCAGCUGCUACAGGAGGAGGUGGGCGCCGUGGGCAUAGAGAUCAUGCGGCAGCUGAAGGCCAUGCUGGAUCCCCGAGGCCUCAUGAACCCAGGCAAGGUGCUGUGAGGGGCUCCAAGCCCUUGGCCCACAAGCCCCCAGACAGUGGAACCUCCUGUUCUGGAACCUUCCUUCUUGUCACAGAACAGUUCUGUCUUGGCCCAGACCUGCAGGGGUCCUUGCCUGCCUUCCCCUUGGUCAGGGCCUCCCUGCUGCCAGGGGCCAGGGGCAAGGCCUCAGGGACUGAGCUCUCUUAGCCCUACUCCACUUGUCUGGUGACAGGAACAUGCUUUCCUGGUGUAGGUGUCCUUGGACCCCUGAAAUAAACCAGAACCCCAUUUGCAGCAGUCUGGAGAUGAGCAGACAGUGCCUGUGAAUGGCCUCCUGUGCCUCCCCUCCCUACCUCCUUCAGGUUCUCUGACCUUUGUCCUUGUCCCUCGUCCCUUCUCCCCUGCCUGUCCUCUGACUUCCUGCAGCCUGGGAGGGGAUAGUGCUUAGGCUACUGAAAGUCACUUCCAGGGACCCAGGUCCCUGUCCCAUCUGCUGGUGAGAAGACCAGUGCCUGAGGACGACAUCCAUGGCCCAUGGCCGACAUCCCUCAUGACAGACCACCCACCUUAGAACAUUCUGAACAUGUUCUCCAAGUGGCUGUUGCCAAUCAGUGGAAAUGGAAGUGAAAUUUUUCUCCUUGUAUUAUACUGCUCCAUGCUGUGAUGUAUCAGAUUACUAGCUUUUCCCCUCCAAGUCAGGAUCUGCCCUCCCCUGGGCCUCCCCGGGCCUUAGGAUCCCUGGCCAGACCGCUUGGUCCGUGAACUUGUCAGUUAUUCCCAAGCCCACGAGAGGGCGCCCAACACCAGAGCAUCCACGCUGGGCAGCGGCACCCAGGAUUCACCUCCGUCCAGGGCCUACAGCUCCCUGCCCUGGGUCCCCCUGCCUACUUCCCCAAGGUUGGGGUGGGGGAGGCUUGGUGUCCUGGAAGCCAGUCUCUAAACUCCACCCCAGGAGCCCAUCAUGUGGGCCCAUCUCCCUUGGCCCCUGAGCAAAGGUGCUGGGUGAGCAAAGCAGGGAGGCCAGUUGGACCCUCCCAUCUCCCCUUACCCCCACAAGCCACCUCUCCCCACCAGCUGUCCAAGCCCUGGGCAGAGGCUGCCCUUCUGGGACUCCUCAGCCCAACUUGGUUCUUGGAAGCCACUCUUAACGCUGGACUCAGCCCAGUUUGCUCCUCUGUGACGUUUCUACCCCGGGGCCACGAGCAGUCGCUGGGCCAAGGGGUGGUGUGGGGGCAAGCCUCACCGGCUCUCCCCAAGCAACCCCGCUCCACGAACAAUCUAAGCAUCAGCCGCGCGUGUCUGGACAUACGGCUCCCUGGCCGCACCCCCCACCUCCACCCGACUGCCUCGCCCCUGAGCUCAGGGGAGAAGUCUGCAAUGGAGGUUUCUCCCCUUACUGGGGACGGCUCUUCUUUGAUGAGCUGAAAGAACAAGCACACUGUUCACUGAAAUACCAGCCCCUGAAGACUCAAGUGACUAUUUUUGCCUUA